GCAUCCUGCGCCCUCCGCAGCAGAUCUGGAAAGUGCCUGGCUUUAAUGCAGAUCAAGGCAUAAAACAGGUGCAGGAGUUCUCCGUCGGUGGAAAGUUUCAACCGAAGGCGCUCCUGGGUCUGAGCUCAGAGAGAAAAUGGAUCGACUGAAGGUGCCCCGGACCAAAGAACUGGAGUUUGGGGGCGUAUUCGGGGCUGCCCUCCUGAUUGUCUUGAUGCCCGCCACGGUCUUCUACCUGCUGCUGGUCUGCCGGACAGAGCAGGCCAGUGUGCUGACCCUGCCCCUUCCUUUGCCCUCGCUCCGCUCCCUCUGGAGCCCCCCAGACUUCGCCCUGGUCCUGGCUUGGAUAGGAUUCCAAGCCCUGCUCUACAUGCUGCCGAUGGGAAAACUCACAGAAGGGAUCAUUCUUCGGGACAAGAGUCGGCUGCAAUAUUGCAUUAAUGGUUCCCACGCCAUGUUGGUCACAGCCCUGAUGGUGGGUGCUGGACUGGCCGUGGGGCUGCGCCUGAGUUACAUCUACGACCACCUCCUGCAACUUGCGUUCGCGGCGACCGUCAUUGCCUUCGGCCUCAGCGUCCUCCUCUAUUUUAAAGGCUUGCUGGCCCCAGAGACGGCCCUGGCUCCCGGCGGGAAUUCAGGAAACCCCAUUUAUGACUUCUUCAUGGGCCAUGAGCUGAACCCACGCAUCGGUGACUUUGAUCUCAAAUUUUUCUGUGAGUUGCGCCCAGGUCUCCUUGGUUGGGCCCUGAUCAACAUGGCGAUGUUAGUGAAAGAGACAGAGCUGAGAGGCAGCCCGUCUUUGGCCAUGAUCCUGGUUAACGCCUUCCAGCUUCUCUAUGUGGUGGAUGCCUUCUGGCAUGAGGAAGCCGUUCUCACCACGAUGGACAUCGUCCAUGAUGGCUUUGGCUUCAUGCUGGCUUACGGAGACCUGGCGUGGGUGCCGUUCUUGUACAGCCUCCAGUCAUACUUCCUCGUAACCCACCCCCAGAAGCUUAGCCUGCCUCUUGCGGGGGGCAUUGUCCUGCUAAAUGGCCUGGGCUAUUCCAUAUUCCGUGGUGCCAACUCGCAGAAAAACACCUUCCGCCGGAAUCCCGCGGAUCCCAGAGUGGCUGGGCUCCGGACAAUCCCUACGGCGACUGGACGGCGCCUUCUCGUUUCGGGCUGGUGGGGUUUUGUGCGACACCCCAACUAUUUAGGAGACCUCAUCAUGGCUUUUGCGUGGUCUUUGCCCUGUGGAUUCACUCACAUCUUACCUUAUUUUUAUAUCAUCUAUUUCACCUUGCUGUUGGCUCAUCGGGAAGCCAGGGAUGAACACCAGUGCCUGAGGAAAUAUGGGCUGGCAUGGCAAGAAUAUUGCCGCCGUGUCCCCUAUCGGAUCUUCCCCUAUCUCUACUGAAUGCUCAAGUGCCCGUCUCCAAAUGCUCCCUGGACUUACCUCUGAGCACAAUUGUGCUCUGGCCUCAUGCCAGUGAGAGAAACGAGACACCAGCAUUGCCUGGCAAGCGGGCAGAAGUGUCAGCUGCACAUGGCUGUUUCCCCAAACUUCACUCCAUCGACAUGCUUGGUUUUUUUUCCAUGAACUUUCUCCUGCUUCACUUCCCUGCCUGGAAGAUAUCUUCAUCUGAUGCCCUUUCAGCUGUCCAGAGUUUGUCCACAAUAUGAAAAGACCCUGGAAAUGAAGACUCUGGAGUUGGAGUAAUUUCUAUGGAAAUAAACUGAUUUUUAAUGAUUUACUGUUUCUAGAGAAUGAGAGAAGGGAUAUCAAUGGAACAAGCAAAGCACCUUGGUGAUGUUUCUUGAUCUUCUAACAUUUCACCACGUUUGCUAGUGUUCAAUAUGAAGGUCUAGCAGCCGAAAAUUUUGUAAAGAGAUUAAAAGGCCAAGAUCCUUCUGCGUCCGUUAAAACCACGAGCCCUAUUUAUACAAAUUAACAAAGCAAUACUAACCGGGAGGCUGAAAUAAUAAAGGAGAACUGGAUGUAAUUUGGAGUGUCAUAAAAUGUCACUUUUUGAAAACAUGCAUUACAGAGAUUUUCAAAAAGACAUUAAGAACGCUUAACUUUAGUUUUCUUAUGGCUUUAACUAAGCUCAGGGCUUUUAAAUUGCAGAAAGGUGGAGUCCUUGGUGCUCUCCGAGCUUGGCUGUUUGCUUGCAGACGUUUCACUGCCCAACUAGGCAACAUCUUCAGUGCUUGUAGAACCGUCGAAUGCUUUUGGGAUGGGGUGGGAUGGAGGUAACACCCAUAGAAUGCCAGCUUUUAAAAAAAGAGCGUUUAAAACUCAAAUGUGUUUUCUGCUCUUAAAUAGCAAAUAAUGUGAUGCGGGGAAUAAUAUGAAUAUUCUUUGUAAUGGGAAAUAGCGAGUUGCUUAUUUCUAGUUAGUGGAGAUGCACGUUUUGAAGAGGAUUUCUCUGAGUCACAUUGGCAAGAAUAACAAAUUUAUUCAAUUUUUGUUUUACUUCUGGUGCAGAGGCACGUCUGUUCAUAGAACAACUGAAGGAAGAUGAGGGGUUUUCAAGUUCACCCCCCAGGCCAUUUAAUUACUGGAACAAGGGAGGCAAAAUAAUGCAGGCAAAGGAAUCUUGAGGUGACCCAACAUGGAGAGCUGAACUGGAUUUGCUCCCUUGGGAUCCUCUGGUUGCCUCCAGAUUUAAGGAGUUAUUGGCUUCUGCAGAGUUUUGAAAGGAGAUUGAGCAAGGAAGCAUAUAAAUAAAGGUGAUUAAAAACUCAA